GGCGCGGGGCGGGGCGGGUCUCGGCGCGGGGGCGGGACUCGGCGCGCAGGCGUGCUGGCGGUGAGUCCUGCGGCUCGGGAUGGAGGAAGGCAUAUCAUAAAACCUGACACUGCUGUACUCCUGGAGAUUAUAUAGCAAAAUGGAUAUACCAAAUCCUCCAACUUCCAAAUGUAUCACUUACUGGAAAAGAAAAGUCAAAUCUGAAUAUAUGCGACUUCGACAACUCAAACGGCUUCAGGCGAAUAUGGGUGCAAAGGCUCUAUAUGUAGCAAAUUUUGCUAAGGUUCAGGAAAAGACUCAGAUCCUCAAUGAGGAAUGGAAGAAGCUCCGCGUCCAGCCGGUUCAGUUGAUGAAGCCUGUGAGUGGACAUCCUUUUCUCAAAAAGUGUACCAUAGAGAGCAUUUUCCCGGGCUUUGCAAGUCAACAUAUGUUAAUGAGGUCUCUGAAUACUGUCGCCUUGGUUCCCAUCAUGUAUUCCUGGUCCCCUCUCCAGCAGAACUUUAUGGUCGAAGAUGAGACCGUGCUGUGUAAUAUUCCCUACAUGGGAGACGAGGUGAAAGAAGAAGACGAGACUUUCAUCGAGGAGCUGAUCAAUAACUAUGAUGGGAAGGUUCAUGGUGAAGAAGAAAUGAUCCCCGGAUCUGUCCUCAUUAGUGAUGCUGUUUUCCUGGAGCUGGUUGAUGCCCUGAAUCAGUACUCGGAUGAGGAGGAGGAAGGGCACAACGACACCUCAGAUGGAAAACAAGAUGACAGCAAAGAAGAUCUGCCAGUAACGAGAAAAAGAAAACGGCAUGCGAUAGAAAGCAACAAAAAGAGUUCGAAAAAACAGUUCCCAAAUGACAUGAUCUUCAGUGCAAUUGCCUCGAUGUUCCCUGAGAAUGGCGUCCCGGAUGACAUGAAGGAGAGGUACCGAGAGCUCACCGAGAUGUCGGACCCCAACGCUCUUCCCCCCCAGUGCACGCCCAACAUUGAUGGCCCCAACGCCAAGUCUGUGCAGCGGGAGCAGUCGCUACACUCCUUCCACACGCUCUUCUGCCGUCGCUGCUUCAGAUAUGACUGCUUCCUCCACCCUUUUCAUGCCACCCCUAAUGUAUAUAAACGCAGGAACAAAGAAAUCAAGAUCGAACCGGAACCCUGUGGCACAGACUGCUUCCUCCUGCUGGAAGGAGCUAAGGAGUACGCCAUGCUCCACAACCCUCGCUCCAAGUGCUCUGGUCGUCGCCGGAGAAGGCACCACGUGGUCAGUGCCUCCUGCUCCAACACUUCAGCCUCUGCUGUUGCAGAGACUAAAGAAGGGGACAGCGACAGGGACACGGGCAACGACUGGGCCUCCAGCUCUUCAGAGGCUAACUCCCGCUGUCAGACCCCCACCAAGCAGAAGGCCAGCCCAGCGCCCCCCCAGCUCUGUGUUGUUGAGGCACCCUCCGAGCCUGUGGAGUGGACGGGGGCCGAAGAAUCCCUUUUUCGAGUCUUCCAUGGCACUUACUUCAACAACUUCUGCUCCAUAGCCAGGCUCCUGGGGACCAAGACGUGCAAGCAGGUCUUCCAGUUUGCCGUCAGAGAAUCUUUGAUCCUGAAACUGCCAACCGAUGAACUCACGAACCCCUCACAGAAGAAGAAAAGAAAGCACAGGCUGUGGGCCGCGCACUGCAGGAAAAUCCAGCUGAAGAAAGACAACAACUCCACGCAGGUGUACAACUACCAGCCUUGCGAUCACCCAGACCGGCCCUGCGACAGCACCUGCCCCUGCAUCAUGACUCAGAAUUUCUGUGAGAAGUUCUGCCAGUGCAACCCAGAUUGCCAGAAUCGCUUUCCUGGCUGUCGCUGUAAGACGCAGUGCAACACCAAGCAGUGUCCCUGCUACCUGGCCGUGCGGGAGUGUGACCCUGACCUGUGUCUCACCUGUGGCGCCUCCGAGCACUGGGACUGCAAAGUGGUUUCCUGCAAAAACUGCAGCAUCCAGCGGGGCCUCAAGAAGCAUCUGCUGCUGGCCCCCUCGGAUGUGGCCGGAUGGGGCACCUUCAUCAAGGAGUCGGUGCAGAAGAACGAAUUCAUUUCUGAGUACUGCGGUGAGCUCAUCUCUCAGGAUGAGGCUGACCGGCGGGGGAAGGUCUAUGACAAAUACAUGUCCAGCUUUCUCUUCAACCUCAACAACGAUUUUGUAGUGGAUGCCACGCGCAAAGGAAACAAAAUUCGAUUUGCAAACCAUUCGGUGAAUCCCAACUGUUACGCCAAAGUGGUCAUGGUGAACGGGGAUCAUCGGAUUGGGAUCUUCGCCAAGAGAGCAAUUCAAGCUGGGGAAGAGCUUUUCUUUGAUUACAGGUACAGCCAAGCCGACGCCCUCAAGUAUGUGGGGAUCGAGCGGGAGACCGAUGUCCUUUAGCCCUCCGGGGUCCCCCGCCAGCGCUAUGGUAGCGGCACUGUUUUUGCUUUCCUGCCCCUGCCCACCCCUGCUGGACUUUCCCGCACUGCCCCCACUAAGUGACCCCACCACCGCCUCUGCCCCGAGUGUGGACAGAGAGCCGGCAAUAGAGGCAGCCAGGGCCGGGCUUCCCACAGAGGGGACCCAGGACCGCAGGACCCCGAGGACUGAUGCUGGCUUUCUUGGCUGCUA